UUACAUAAGGCCGUGAGGACAAGCGUCUCUUUCCACCUUCAGCCAUUUUAACCAUGCUGGGAAUAGUUGGACGUUCCUGCUCCGGGGCUCUGCAGGCUCUAAAGCCUGGAAUCAACCCUCUGAAAGCGUUUACUAGCGCGCCAGCUGUUCUUCAUCCACGCAGGACCUAUGCUGCAGCAGCUGCCCCCUCAGCCAAGGCUGCCACUGCCUCUGGUCGUAUUGUAGCGGUCAUUGGUGCUGUUGUGGAUGUUCAGUUUGAUGAAGGUCUUCCUCCCAUUCUCAAUGCUCUGGAAGUUGCAGGGCGUGAGACCAGACUUGUGCUGGAGGUUGCACAGCACCUUGGGGAGAACACUGUGCGUACCAUUGCCAUGGAUGGUACUGAGGGUCUUGUUCGUGGACAGCAGGUCCUGGAUACUGGUGCACCCAUCCGUAUUCCUGUGGGCCCAGAGACCUUGGGCAGGAUCAUGAAUGUCAUUGGAGAGCCCAUUGAUGAGAGGGGACCGAUAACCACCAAACAAACUGCUCCCAUCCAUGCUGAGGCUCCUGAAUUUACAGAUAUGAGUGUGGAACAGGAGAUCUUGGUGACUGGCAUCAAGGUGGUUGACCUACUUGCCCCAUAUGCCAAGGGUGGUAAGAUUGGUCUUUUUGGUGGUGCGGGUGUGGGCAAGACUGUGCUCAUCAUGGAGCUGAUUAACAAUGUAGCCAAGGCUCAUGGUGGUUACUCUGUGUUUGCUGGAGUGGGAGAGCGUACCCGUGAGGGAAAUGACCUGUACCAUGAAAUGAUCGAGUCUGGUGUCAUCAAUUUGAAGGAUACCACAUCGAAGGUUGCAUUGGUGUAUGGUCAAAUGAAUGAGCCCCCAGGUGCCCGUGCAAGAGUUGCCUUGACUGGUCUUACUGUUGCUGAAUACUUCCGUGAUCAAGAGGGGCAGGAUGUGCUUCUCUUCAUCGACAACAUCUUCAGGUUCACUCAGGCAGGUUCAGAGGUGUCUGCAUUGCUGGGUCGUAUACCGUCUGCUGUGGGUUAUCAACCCACUCUAGCCACUGACAUGGGUACCAUGCAGGAGCGUAUCACUACCACCAAGAAGGGAUCAAUCACCUCUGUGCAGGCUAUUUAUGUGCCUGCUGAUGAUUUGACUGACCCUGCUCCUGCCACCACCUUCGCUCACUUGGAUGCCACUACUGUGCUGUCUCGUGCCAUUGCUGAGCUGGGCAUCUACCCUGCUGUGGACCCCCUUGAUUCCACCUCCCGUAUCAUGGACCCAAACAUCGUUGGAGCGGAGCACUAUGAUGUUGCCCGUGGAGUGCAGAAGAUCCUGCAGGACUACAAGUCUCUCCAGGAUAUUAUUGCCAUCUUGGGUAUGGAUGAGUUGUCAGAAGAAGACAAGCUGACUGUGGCUCGUGCCCGCAAGAUACAGCGUUUCCUCUCCCAGCCCUUCCAGGUGGCUGAAGUCUUCACUGGCCAUAUGGGGAAACUGGUACCCCUCAAAGAUACAAUCAAAGGAUUCCAGAGCAUUUUGGGAGGCGAGUAUGACACCUUGCCUGAACAGGCUUUCUAUAUGGUGGGCCCCAUUGAAGAAGUCGUCCAGAAGGCUGAGAAACUUGCUGAAGAACAUUCUUAGCUGAUUUUGACAGUGUGAGGUGUCAAUGUUCAGGGGGGGGGGCUUCUUGGUUUGAAAGUUGGUAUUCAGAACUUAAUGUCCUGUCACUCGAGUUCUAUUUAAUGUUCCUUCUAAAGUGAAAUAAAUGUCUGUCUUAUCAUUGUGCUUUUAUUCCUGCUUUAAAAAAAAAGAUUUAACUGGGCCAUUGGCUACAUUAAUGUAGCCUACUUACGGAAAAGCCUGCUAACAAAACUGAAUUACAGACAUUGUGCCCAGAACUGUUAUGUUUGAAAUGCUAGCUAUCGAGCUGUAAUUAUAGCUAGUCAGUUGGCAAGGUAGAAUUGUUCUACUGUCUGGUAGCCUACUAGAAGCCUGUAAAAUGCUGCGAAGAAAACAAAGUUGGUGUGCAUGCGCAUCUGUUCAGAAAGUAAAUGAUUGAUUCAGGAAUUCUCACGGCCGAGCCAUAGAGUCCGGACCUUUUUAUAUUAUCUGCAGGUGUGAUGACUGAAUUAAAGGUGUGAUUAAAUCUCGGUUUUCAGGAUGCAAGAUCACUGAUUCGAUCCCACCUUGAUGCUUUUCAUUAAAGUUUCAUGUGUAGCAUAUA